UGGAAUGUCCCGGUCUCGAUCUCUUCCUCUACCCUCCCUCUCUAGGAGAGCCACUAUGCAUGUUUUUUUUCUUGUCUGGCUGCCAUGGAGAAUGUGCCUUUAAGGGCUGAAGCCCCGCUCUAACUGCUGCGCAGCCAAUUGCUGACUGGUUGUCAUACAGGGAAAUAUCUUGUAACAGCGCUGUUGCACUUCAGAGGAAACCAAUAUUUUAUCUGACGGAAACACCUUACUUGACACGGCACGCAACACUGUGUUCACAUUCCAACAAUGGACCAUAUCGACUUCCAGGUUAGGGAGAAGCCUUCGCCUUAGUUCUGAAUUUCACUGAAGGGGAGUUUCAAAGUAGGAGGGAUCAGACACACGAGCAAAGCUAAGAAGAUUCUGUUGGGUUUCGAUGCAUUGGGCGCAGCAUAGAGUCCAGCAAGCGAGCCCCAAAUUGCAGUCAUUUCUAACCAUUUAUGGUGGAGAAUCAUCGACGAGCAACUGGUAUUUUGAGUGUCCCACGGGGAAACUGUUAACGCUGAUAUCGGUGGAAACCCAUGACUGUGAGGUUCUGAAAUAGGAUCUUCAUCAGCUGGGGCUGUCCUGACUAAAUAGGGAUAGACUUCAUAGGGUAUGGAAUUGGUGUUGAAGACUCCCAGGCCCAUUCCUUCUUGACUGCAUGUUGUUAUGCUGCCACCUCCUGACAUACCCAGGGAUGAUGAUGGAAGGGUCAACUACAUUGGUUGAAAUAUUAUCCCCACCCCUAGGUCACAAGCCUCUUCAGAGAAGAGGAUGAAUAACACUACGGCCUUUGGAAAUGACUUCUGCAAAGACAUCAGUAACUUCAAAACUCAUUCCUACCUACCAGUGUACAUGAUCACAUUUAUAUUUGGGUUCAUUGAAAAUGUCUUCUGUUUGUAUGUAUUCCUGAAGUUAUACAAGAGGAAGUCUGAAUUCAGCAUUGUCAUGGUGAACCUGGCAAUUGCAGAUCUAUUAUUUGUUUGCACAUUGCCUUGGCGUGUUUAUUACUAUUGGCGAGGAGGCAUUUGGGACUUUUCACAGUCCUUUUGCACAUUCAUGUUUUAUGCACUGUACCUCAACAUGUACUGCAGCAUCUACUUUCUAACUCUAAUGAGCAUCUUGCGUUACUUUGCUGUAGUGCAUCCACUUAAAUAUUUGAGGUAUAGAACUAUCAAAAAUGUCUUAAUUUUGUGCAUAUUUAUAUGGGUAUUUGUAGGCAUAGCAGCCAGUCCUUUACUACAGUACACUGCUGAAGAUAAUAAAACAGUAUGUCUUGACCCUGAUGAUAAAAUUAGCAGUAAAAUAUACAGCAUGAAUUUAAUUUCAGUGAUAGUAGGUUGCAUUAUCCCCUUCUUUAUUAUCAGUAUCUGUUACAUUUUUGUUCUUAAAACUUUGCUAAUUUCAAAGGCAAAAAACAACAAGCAAAAAUAUUCUCGCAAAAAAGCUAUUGUAAUGAUUAUUAUCGUUAUGGUCAUAUUUCUGGUCACUUUUCUGCCCUAUCACAUUUUGCGGACUGUCCACCUUGCCAUGCAGUUCCAGGACACGAAAAGCACAACCCAAGUUAAUUGUUUCGUUCAGCAUACUGUGGUGGUUACCCUAUGUGGUGUGGCAAUCAAUACCUGUUUGGACCCCCUUUUAUAUUACUUUGGAGCAGAAUCCUUCAGGGAUAAGCUAAGAACCAAAAGGAAUACACUGAACAGUCAAAUCUGAUUUUCUACUAUAAUUCAUUACAAGACUGACUUAGUGUAUUGGGUUUCUCCUUGCUCUAGUUCAAACUGUAGAAGGUCAAGAGUCAAUCACAUUGUAUUUAGUUCCUGUCUUUAAACAGUUUAUUUUGACCUACAGUCUUGGCAGUUUUCAUCAAAAAGCAGUAACUUAUCAUUCAGCCUCAUUCCAGCAAAACAAUUCCAAAGAUCAAUGGGUUACUUAAGUUCUUUCAAGCUUUUGAAAAUAGAAAUUCACACAGCUUUUAUGUGAUAACAUUUGUAGAAUAAGCUGUUUUAUAUAUUUUCCUUCACAAAAUAACUGGCCAGAAACACCAUGGGCCCAGCAAGAAUGAAGAACUAAGGGAAAUAAGCAUUGAUUUAAAAAAAAAUUAAAGAAGUUGGUGAGACUAAAAGCCAAUAAAUCCCAAAGACCUGAUUAUCUACAACCAAGAGUUUUAAAGAGGUGGAUAUGGAGAUAGUGAAUGCUCUGGUUAUCAUCUUCCAAAGUUACAUCGAAUUGUUCCUCUGUAUUGGAAGGUAGCAAAUAAGAGAGAUUGCAUAAUGUUGAUGCUCAAAGUGACGUAGGCAUGCAUAAAUCACUGAAAGCGAUUAGGAAGGCAAAUUUUAUCCCUUAUUAUGAGGGGAUUUGAACAUAAGAGUAACUGAAAAGUCUCACUGCAGUUAAAAUUCUCUAUUCCGAAGGGAUAUGGAGGCUGUUAUUGAGUUCAUUUGCAACUGAGUUUGAUAGAUUUCUGGAUAUCAAAGGAAUGUGGAGAUAGCGCAGGAAAAUGAUGCGGAGGUAGGUCAGCCACCAAAGCAGAAUCAAAGGGCCAAAUAGCCUAUUCCUGCAACUGUUGCUUUGUUAUUAAACCUUUAUCUAAACCUUCCAGUCCUUUGAUCUCUGGGCUCUUUGAACAUGCCCAAUUUUAAUUGCACCACCGCUGAUGGCAGUGCUUGCAUUUGCCAAAUCCUAAUUCCAGAAUUUCUUCAUAAAACCUUUCUGCUUUCCUAAAACCUACAAGCUUUUAGUCAAGCCCCUUAACAUGACGCAUCUGGCUCAGUUUGUCGUACUACUUUGAAAUGUUUAAAUUAUUAAAGUAAUUAUAUAAGUACAAGUUGUUGCCACUGUUAUUAACCAUAAUACAAUAUUUGUAUUUGCAAUUCUAACAUUAAAUAAUAUCUUAUCACUA